GCUGCUCGCAUGGCGCCUCGCGCUGCUUGAUUGAGCGGCUCCGCACGAGCUGCGCUUCGCUUCAAUUCGGUUCGGCUCCGGAUCCCGGAGCCAGACCGGGGCUGCAGGGCCGCUUAGCCGGGGGCGUUUUUUUUCUCUCAGCACCCUGAAGAAAACUCGACAUCGCCUCACUGCAAGUUGAACACCCAUCUGUUGAGUGCCGUCUACUGAAGUUCAGCUGCAGGUUUUGGGGCUUUUGCGGGCGAUGCGGUAAAAAAGAAGGGCAUAUUUUUGAUUAACAGUAUCUUAGCAUCUUUAUUUGCUUUAUCUUUCGUUUAUUUUGAAUGUUUAUUGUUAGUUUUCCGUGCGGAAAGCGGAGCUACGGCAGCAGCGGCGGCGGCGUUAGCUGGCUGGUAUUGGCUAGUUUUCUUAGCUUAGCAUAGCUGGGAACUUUGGAGCUUAGCUUAGCAUAGCUUAGCUUUGUUUAGCUUAGCGUCUAACCUAUAUUACUGGUAGAUUGGCCAUAUGUUUAAUAUAAUUAGCUAGUUAUCUAACUGUUAUAUCAUUUUUUACGUUAGAUAUACUGUAUAUUUAUAGCUAUUUAGCUAUAAAUGCUGAUAUAACGGUUCAAAGCUAAGCUAACGCUAGUUAAGCUAACCCAGCUAGGCCAAUCUUAUGUAUACACAGCUGGAGCAGUAAACACUAGCUAACUAGCUUCUCCAACUAAAAUACUCAGUUUCUUAUUUUCUGAAUGCUUUACAUGCAGAUAACUUUUUAAUUUUGUAUUAUCAGACAAUGAUAAAAGCAUGUGAAGCAUUAUUUUAUUUUACAGCAACAUAUUGAGCUAGAAACAGCGAAUUUGGGGGGGUUUAACUUGGUUAGAGCUAUCUUAGGUUUAUCCAAAAGCAACAGAGAGCUUUUUAACUUGUUUUUUCCUAAUUUUACGAUUCUUCUCCUAGUCCCAAUCGACCCAGAUGUAAUCCAGCCACAUCAAGGAUUAUUUUUGUUUUUUUUAGUGUUUUUGAGCUAGCUGACUAGUUUUUUUUAAAGCUAGCUUAGCUAGCCCACCGUUCUCCUUCAGUUGGACCUGUUCUUAAAUGACCACCGGCAGGAAUAACCGAGUCAUGAUGGAAGGAGUGGGAGCCAGGGUUAUCCGCGGGCCGGACUGGAAGUGGGGGAAGCAGGACGGAGGAGAGGGCCAUGUGGGCACCGUCCGCAGCUUCGAGAGCCCGGAGGAGGUGGUGGUGGUGUGGGAUAACGGAACCGCAGCCAACUACCGCUGCUCCGGGGCUUACGACGUGAGGAUCCUGGACAGUGCGCCAACAGGUAUCAAGCAUGAUGGCACCAUGUGCGACACCUGCCGGCAGCAGCCAAUCAUCGGCAUUCGCUGGAAGUGUGCAGAGUGCACCAACUACGACCUGUGCACCACCUGUUAUCAUGGCGACAAACACCACCUUCGGCACAGGUUCUACCGUAUUACUACACCGGGCAGUGAAAGGGUGCUUUUGGAGUCUCGACGCAAAUCCAAGAAGAUCACAGCACGGGGCAUCUUCGCUGGUGGCAGGGUGGUGCGAGGCGUGGACUGGCAGUGGGAGGACCAGGAUGGAGGGAACGGCAGGAGAGGAAAGGUGACGGAGAUUCAGGACUGGAGUGCAGCCAGCCCCCACAGUGCAGCCUACGUCCUCUGGGACAACGGGGCCAAGAACCUCUACAGAGUCGGCUUCGAGGGCAUGUCGGAUUUGAAAUGUGUGCAGGAUGCCAAAGGCGGCACCUUCUACAGAGACCACUGUCCAGUGUUGGGUGAGCAGAACGGUAACAGGAACCCAGGUGGUCUGCAGAUCGGAGACCUGGUGAACAUCGAUCUGGACCUGGAGAUCGUUCAGUCUCUGCAGCACGGCCACGGCGGCUGGACCGAUGGCAUGUUCGAGACGCUCACCACCACCGGGACUGUGUGUGGCAUCGACGAGGACCACGACAUCGUCGUCCAAUACCCCAGUGGCAACAGGUGGACGUUUAAUCCUGCCGUGCUGACCAAAGCUAACGUGGCGCGCAGCGGGGAGGUGGCGGCUGGCGCUGAGGGAGGCAGCUCUCAGUUCAUGGUUGGAGACCUUGUCCAGAUCUGCUAUGACAUUGACCGCAUCAAGCUGCUGCAGAGGGGCCACGGCGAGUGGGCCGAGGCCAUGCUGCCGACUCUGGGGAAAGUGGGCCGAGUGCAGCAGAUCUAUUCCGACAGUGACCUGAAAGUGGAGGUGUGCGGCACUUCCUGGACCUACAACCCAGCCGCCGUCACUAAAGUGGCCCCUGCUGGCUCUGCGGUUACCAAUGCCUCUGGAGAGCGCCUGUCUCAGCUACUGAAGAAGCUGUUCGAGACCCAGGAGUCUGGAGACAUCAACGAGGAGCUGGUGAAGGCGGCAGCCAACGGAGACCUCGCCAAAGUCGAGGACAUCCUGAAGAGACCAGAUGUGGACGUGAACGGUCAGUGUGCUGGACACACAGCCAUGCAGGCGGCCAGCCAGAACGGCCACGUGGACGUGCUCAAGCUGCUGCUGAAACAUAACGUGGACCUGGAGGCUGAGGAUAAAGAUGGAGACAGGGCGGUGCACCACGCUGCGUUUGGAGACGAGGGCUCCGUCAUUGAGGUGCUUCACAGAGGCGGCGCCGACCUGAACGCCAGAAACAAGCGACGACAAACGCCGCUGCAUAUUGCCGUUAACAAGGGUCACCUACAGGUGGUGAAGACCCUGCUGGACUUCGGCUGCCACCCCAGCCUUCAGGACUCUGAAGGAGACACGCCUCUGCAUGAUGCCAUCAGUAAGAAGAGGGAUGAUAUGCUGUCAGUCCUGCUGGAAGCUGGUGCCGAUGUUACCAUCACCAAUAACAACGGCUUUAACGCUCUGCAUCACGCUGCUCUCCGGGGGAACCCCAGUGCCAUGCGUGUGCUGCUCUCCAAGCUGCCCAGGCCGUGGAUAGUGGAUGAGAAGAAGGACGAUGGAUACACUGCCCUUCACCUCGCCGCUCUGAACAAUCAUGUGGAGGUGGCGGAGCUUCUGGUCCACCAGGGAAGUGCCAGUCUGGACAUACAGAACGUGAACCAGCAGACGGCGUUGCACUUGGCUGUGGAGCGGCAGCACACCCAGAUAGUGCGGCUGCUGGUCAGAGCCGAGGCCAAGUUGGACGUUCAGGAUAAGGAUGGAGACACGCCGCUGCACGAGGCCCUGCGUCAUCACACGCUGUCUCAGCUCCGUCAGCUGCAGGACAUGCAGGACGUCAGCAAGGUGGAGCCCUGGGAGCCAUCGAAGAACACGCUGAUCAUGGGACUGGGCACCCAGGGUGCAGAGAAGAAGAGCGCCGCCUCCAUCGCCUGUUUCCUGGCUGCCAACGGAGCCGACCUCACCAUCCGCAACAAGAAGGGCCAGUCUCCUCUGGACCUGUGUCCUGACCCCAGCCUCUGCAAAGCUCUGGCCAAGUGUCACAAGGAAAAGACCAGUGGACAGGUGGGCUCCCGCAGCCCCUCUCUGAACAGCAAUAACGAGACGCUGGAGGAGUGCAUGGUGUGCUCGGAUAUGAAGAGGGACACGCUGUUCGGACCCUGCGGACACAUCGCCACCUGCUCGCUCUGCUCACCACGGGUCAAGAAGUGUCUCAUCUGUAAGGACCAGGUCCAGUCCCGGACCAAGAUCGAGGAGUGCGUGGUCUGUUCAGACAAGAAAGCGGCCGUCCUCUUCCAGCCCUGUGGUCACAUGUGCGCGUGUGAGAACUGUGCCAGCCUGAUGAAGAAGUGCGUACAGUGUCGGGCGGUGGUGGAGCGGCGCACUCCCUUCGUCCUGUGCUGUGGAGGGAAAGGUAUGGAGGAUGCCACUGAUGAUGAGGACCUUACAGGGGGCUCUAACUCAAUGGCAGGGGGGUCGCAGGAUCUUCUCCAGCCCAACAAUCUGGCGCUAAGUUGGUCCAGUGGAAAUAUCCCAGCUCUGCAGAGGGACAAAGACAACACUAAUGUCAACGCAGACGUGCAGAAGCUUCAGCAGCAGCUGCAGGACAUCAAAGAACAGACUAUGUGCCCGGUGUGUCUGGAUCGUCUGAAGAACAUGAUCUUCAUGUGUGGCCACGGGACCUGCCAGCUGUGCGGCGACCGCAUGAGCGAGUGCCCCAUCUGCCGGAAGGCCAUCGAGCGGCGGAUCCUGCUGUACUAGAGCUCCCGCCGGGAGCCGCCACCGUGAUCGCUGCAGUAGCUGCUCCUGCGUGUGUCGCAUGGCUUUCUGUGGCUCACUCUAAGCUAAGAUUCAUCAGUGUUACGUCAUUUAUCCUUCUUUUCCUGACGUCGUUCUGUCGGUUUAUUUGCUCGUACCCAUCCCGGACUCGAGUGUAUUCAAUGCCUCAAAGUAUGUUUUCUGUUCGUCAGCAGAAAAAAAGUUGUUUUUCUGGACACUACGUCGUUGAGGAAACCUUUGCUUUUUGUGCUCUUCAUGCUUUUUUUUUCCUUAGCUUUCACAGAGACAGCUUAACUCUUUUUAAAGGAGUGUACCAAUGGUUUUCAGCAUAGUCUACACUGUGUGGACAAAAGUUUGUGGACACCUGCUUUAAAAUCAGUCAUAUUUAGAGUUUGUCUUUGAUCAAGGCUUUCUGAUGUUGUAUACAGAAAAAGUUAAGAGACCACUUUAGUUUCUGAAUCAGUUUCUCUGAUUUUGGUAUUUAUAGGUUUAUGUUUGAGUAAAAUGAACAUUUAUUUGCUGAACAUGAAGAUGCAGAGCUUUUAGACCUCAAAUAAUGCAAAGAAAACAAGUUCAUAUUAAUAAAGUUUUAAGAGUUCAGAAAUCAAUAUUUGGUGGAAUAACCCUGGUUUUUAAUCACAGUUUUCAUGCAUAUUGGCAUCAUGUUCUCCUCCACCAGUCUUACACACUGCUUUUGGAUAACUUUAUGCCUAAUAACUUCCUCUUGAUUAUAUUCCAGAGGUUUUCAAUUUGGUAAAAUCAAAGAAACUCAUCAUUUUUAAUUGGUCUCUUAUCUGUAUUUAAUGCUCCUCAAGUGCUUUUGGAUGGGGCUCCAUCGUUUCAGAGAACAACACAGCUCCCUGUAGCCCAAUGUUGGUUGGGGUUUGGUAGACCCAUCAAACUCAUGCAUUGCAUGCAGAAUUGGGAAUGGUGACCUUAAGCCACCUUAAGCUUUGUGUCUCUCUUCCAGAGUGUCUCUGUUCUAUUGGUCAAUGUUUCUAACCUGAUUUCACUUGUUAGAAGGCGUGUCCACAACCUUUUGUGUAUACAUCUAUCAGCCAUAACAUUAAAACCACUUACCAACCUUUGUAAAAGUUCCCCACGUGCCACUGCUAGACCUCACGUACUUAAGAAGACCUCUGUAGACCUCUGACUGUGUCCUUUGGUAUCUGGUACCAAGUAAAAAUCAGCAGCAGAUGCUUUAGAUCAAUGAGAAUCUGUGAGACUUGGACUCCUAUAAUCUAAUCACCAGUUCCUGGGUUCUUUUCCAUGGAGCUCCAUCACUGAUUGGUGGAAACUUCACACUAGACCUCAAGCAUUUUGGACUGUGUGUCUCUCCACUCUUCCUCCAGACUCUGAUCCCUUGAUUUGAAAUAUAAAAUGAAAUGUAAAAUUUACUGAUGAUCAGUGAUGGUUUGCCAUGAGAGACAUGUCUGUCAUCUGCUGGUGUUGAUCCACUGUGUUUUAUUAUCUAAAGUCUAAAGUCAGUGCAGUUUUGUUUUCCCACAAAAUCUGCUGACAACUUUAAUGGAGAUGCAGAUUUCAUUUUCCAGCAGGACUUGGCACACUGCCCACACUGCCAUAAGUACCACUUGGUCUUAUAUGAUAUUCUAAUUUUCUGAGACUCUGAUUUUGGGGUUUUCGUUGGCUGUGAGCCAUAAUCAUCAACAAUAAAAGAAAUAAAUGAUUAAAAUAGAUUCUUCUGUGUGUAAUACAUCUAUAUAAUAAUGAAAUAAAGUAACUUUUCAAUGAUAUUCUAAUUUUUUGAGAUGCACCUUUAUGUAGAUCCAAGUCCUUCUCAGCUGCCAAUUGAACAUCACAUCAGUGGUUUUAAUGUUAUGGCUGAUCGAUGUUUAAAGUGUAUAUACUAAACUCUGCAGAGGAAGCUAUGGUUCAUUUCAUGCUGGUUAAUAUGCUUCUGCUUCUCCUCCACUCUGAUGCUCGGACACUCUGGCAUCAUCUCUUUAUUUUUGCAAGCCUCCUCAGACUCUUCCUCCUCCUCCUCCUCUUCCUCAGUUUUCCCAUAAAAGUAUUGAGCUAUAAGGCCUUACUGCGAACACGUCCGUAGCCUCAGUAUCGAUCCGUGAUCAGCAGGAGUGUUGCCGGCGUGGUGGAAGCAGAGAAAACGUCUAGAACACUAAAGCCUCUCGUCACCUUCUCGUCAAAACUGCCUGAGAACCAUACGCUGCCAUUGAUAGGUGGUGGAGUUUUUCUUCGUAUCUACAUUCAAUGAAUCCCCUUUCUUUAUUUGUAUGUAUUUCCUUCAUUUCUUUUACUUUGUUCUUCGUAUAUCAUGGUUUUUAAGUCAUGGCUGGAAUCUGAGAACUGAGUCUGAAACAUAACGUCAUAAAAUAACAGUGUUCAGCAUUGUCUUGACCUCCAUUCACUGUGGAUCUUUAGUUAUAGAUUAGUGAUGGUUUAGUUACGCUGCGUUCCAUUGAGCUCGGAAGUCGCAUCUUAAAACUGGGAGUGAUUUCUAACUUGUGUUUUUAAAAUAUUUAGAAUUAUUUCCAGUUAGUUAACCAAUAUGGAGUCAACCAUUUGAUUAGUCAAUUGUUUAUAGCAAAUUUAUCUGUUUUAUGGCAAAUCUAGACCAAAUAUAUCCUGCUCUUUAUUUCCCAGCUUAGCAUUGUUGAUGCAUUAAUUCAGUAUUUUUUAUGCACAGGUGAUCAGAUGCACGAGUAAGAAAUUGGAUAGUACAAUCAGGUGUAUGCCUGAUUUAAUAGAACACAAAUGGAUAUAAUUACUGAUAAACUCUAUUAGAGAUGCUAAAAUUAUUGUAAUACUGUAAUAUUUUUCACACUAUAAGGAAUACUUUGAAUAAACCUAUAUUUUCUGUACUAUUUUCAUACAUAAGGUCCACUGGAUUAUAAGGCUCAUUAUGCAACACUAGUAAGGAACACAGAUGUAGCCAUGUUUUCCUUCUAAUUCACCUGUAAAGCUAAGCUAAGUAAACAAAACUGUAGCUGUUUAAAAUCAAACAAGUGCUGGAAGUUAAUCUAAGCAUAUUUUUCACCUGAAAACUGUUUAUUUGGGUGAGAAAAACGCUUCCAUUUACUUAAAGUGCUACACCUAAAUGUAACUAAAUGUUCUGGUAAGCCGGGGCGAUAUUAGCUGGUGGUUCGUCCCACGUAGCUUGUUUUAACGUGGUAGAUAUUCAGGCUACAAGACGAUAUACUCACCUUGAAACAGUGAAAGAGCUAACCAGCGCUCAGCGUUGUUAGCAGGUAAGGCUAAUGCUGCUCCAGCAGUGCUAGCUGGGGUUAGCAGCAGGCUACAGGCCGAUAAUGCUCACCUCUGAAUGGCGAAAGAGCUAGCGUUUAGCGUGGUUAGCGGCUAAUGCUAAUACUGCUCUGCUCUCGAGUCUCUGUGCUGGAUAACUGAACUGAAACUCCUGUAUAACUCUGUACUUUAGCGGAGUGACUUUACUGCUCCUUAAUACCUGACUGGUAGAAUUCAUACAUAAGGAGCACUGACGAUUUUUGAGAAAAUUAAAGGAUUUUACUGUGCAAAAAAUUCGGUACCCUCAUCCACUUGAAGUGUAAGCAGAAAGCUGAUCGAGUCUAAUAACAUGGCUGGACUUUUAUCUAUAAACAGACGCCAUGUUGAGUGUUAUUAUCCCUAAUUGGGGCUUAAAAAUGUCAGUUUUUCGACAUUCGAGUUUUAAUGGAACGCAGCAUUACUUUCUACAGACUGACUACAUUACAGUGUGCAUGUAGACACAUGUACUGUCUGAGAGAGUAUUAUCACUUUAUUACUGUUGGUGGAAAUACUUUGGAGGCCUGAAGGUUUCUUAUUCUUAAUGUCUUAAAAUUGAUUUCAUUUUUCUUUUAGUUUUAUUUAGUUUUAAUCUGUGCACACUGUGUUUUUUCUCCAGUGUUGUCAAUCAGUUCUCUACAGUCCUGCUGUGUUUUUCCGAGGCUGUAUUAUAUUAUAAACCAGGCGUCGGCAGAAAAAAAAAGAAGAGAGUCUGCUAAUAACCAUUGAUUUUUGGAUUUUCUUUUUUAGUUUUUGUUUUGUUUUUUUUUUUUUUGUUUUUUUUAUUCCAAAAAUAAGAAAAUGUUAAUAUUCUUUUUUUUUCGGGGAUAAGGUGCUGUUUUACCUCUUUUGACUGUCUCUUUAUUUAUGUUUUCAUGUUUUCAUCGAACUUAAGACUGAACUAGGGUGUACAAUCUAAUAUAAGAAGCCAAGAAGAGGUAUAAAAAGUUAUUUGAAUAGAAGAAGUGAAUUGUCUUUUCUAUGGUUACCAGCAAAGUAGGAAAGUAGGUUUUUACAGUCGUGUUCUUUUCAACUGUUUUCAACGCUGGACGUCUCAGAUCGUCUUACCGUGUUUUUUUGUCACGAGAAAAAAAUGAAAUAAAAUAAAUGUUUGUAGCCUAAUAUAAAGAAGACUAUUUACCAAAAACACGCUGUAUCUUUCUGCGCUUGUUGUCCAAUUUAACACUUUUAGUUUAUCUUUUACGAAGAAAAGAUAAUGAUAAUGAUGAUGAUGAGGAUUUUUCCAGAUCUUCAUCCUCUUCAUCCUGCCGACAGUGUUUCAUAAACCAUGCACCCGAAACUGCGAUCUCUGUAUGUGUAUAUUAUUAUUAUCAUUAUUAAACAUACGGAGCCCUUUUUAUUUCAUGUAGUUCAAUAGAAACAGCAUAGAAUGUUUUUUUUUUUUUAUGGACAAAUAAAAUACAUAAAUAACUGAAUGAAUAAAUGAAUAAACACAUGCAUUAAAAAGUAGCUUCAUACUUUGCCUUUUUAAGAUUUUGUAUCAUUUCCAGUCAUCCUGUUAACAUACUCAAUGCUUAGAUGCACUAAUGUACUUUAAUGGUAGUAUUGUAUUGUAUGUACCGUCACUGUUACAUAAAGGCCUAUUUUGUACCUUAUUUUCAGUACAUAAAAAAAAAACUUCCAGGUUCAAAGGUUUUUUCGAUACGUCUUCGUUCCUUCUUUGUUUGGCAUGAAUGUUUGUUUGAUGUAUGCAGUACAUUUUUCAUGGAAAACAGCUGUUCACUAUGUAUUGCCAAGUGCUUUUAAAAAGAAAUGCAUUGCUGAAUAAAGAUCUAAUGGAACCACA